AUGAAUACUGUUUAUAGUCUUGCUGUACACGUUCAAUCUUUUACUGGGGCGUGGGUCACUGCCGCAAUUCUGACUGCGGCAUUGGCGAUUGUGCUAGCUUCACUCUUGAGGCACAAGGAUGCUCAACGACCGCCCCAGGUUAGGGAGACCAUCCCUUACGUCUCUAAUAUCUGGAUAUAUAUGACAAGUAAGAGGGCUUUUCUUGAAACAAUAACCCGGGCACUCCUGAAUAGCCCUGUCGUAGAAUGCCAGCUGGGGCCCGUGAAAGUGUAUUUCGUCACUGGAAAGGCUAGCGUUUCGACAGUGCUUCAGCAAUCCUCUAUGAAUCUCAUAUCGGAGCCAUGGAUGCUACUCAUACUCAAGAAUGUGGCUGGCUACACAGACAAAGACCUGGCCAAGCUAGCACGGGACAAAUCAGGUAUCGGAAAGUUGCCGAUCCCAGGUGAUGAAUCCGUGCUUCCGGAGAAGCGUAUCUGGUAUCUCAAGCAUCAAGUCCAUAAUGAUUAUUUAGCGACGCCUCAACAUACAGAAGCUCUUGCAGAGUCUUUCCAGCAUCUUUUUGGCGAAACGCUCAGCACUUUUCCAGUUGGAAAAUGGGCUGAAGUAUCCAUAUUUAACUUCAUUCGUCAUGAGGUGGCUGCUGCUUCUGUUUGCUCCGUGGUCGGCAGGCAUAUCUUGACUGAUAACCCAACGUUCAUAGAUUUAUUCUGGGCGUACGAUAGCUAUGCGGAGAGCCUGGCAUUUGGUUUACCAAGGUGGCUAAACAGAAAGGGAAUCAAGGUUCGUGAAGACCUACGUGCCAUAUGUCUCAAAUGGUACGAAGAAGCGGAGCAAGGAUUGUCGAAUGGGGACAGCAUCAAACCAGGUAAAGAAUUUGACAAUGCGUUUGGCUCGCAAUUGUCGAAAGAGCUUGGGGAAUGGGCCAAGUCGUUCGGAUUCUCAAAAGAAAGCAUAGCAGGUGUCUACAUGUUCCUCUUUCUCGGCUUGAAUACUAACACCAUUCCGAUCUGCACUUGGGCAUUGAUGGAAAUCAUUAACGAUACAGACUUAUUUCGAGCCACACGAACCGAAGUCUUACAAGCUCUCGUUACAAAUCCUGUCUCUGGGAAGCGCACAUUUGACAUCCGAAAGCUAGCGUCACUUCCUCUAAUUCAAUCUAUUUACACAGAGUCCCUACGCCUACACUUAAGCCUUAACCUAACUCGAACCGCAACAGAGGACAUUGCUAUUGCGGGAUUCACUUUGCCGAAAGGGUGCACUGUUCAAGCACCAACUCAGAUUUCUCACUACGAAGAAGCUGUCUGGGGGACACCGGACCAUCGGGCCUCUGAGUUCUGGGCUUAUCGACAUGUGAAGCCGUCAAAGGCUCAGGAUAGGGAAGCGCAUUUUGGCAACAUGUUGGAAUAUUCGAUUUCUGGGCACACAGGAUCAUUCUUUCCUUAUGGUGGUGGAGGAUAUAUGUGCCCGGGGCGGAACCUUGCGAAGCAAGAGAUUUUGCUAGUGAUAGCAAUGGUUGUCGCAAGGUUUGAUGUUAAUUGCAUUGAGUGGACGAAACUAGACGGGUCGCCAUCACAGCGUCCUGCUCAAAACGACCCGAGGUAUGCCGGUGCUGGAUCUGUCCCACCAGAUAGAGAUAUGAAGAUCAGGUGGAAAAGACUAUGGUGA